AUGCCUUCAAAGACCGGGUCUGGUGGCCAUAUUGUGCCAUACGAGGCGCCAGCAACAGUGCACAAUGCAGCCAAUUCCCCGGAUAAUGAUGUCGAAAAUGCGAUUGAGUGGACAGAGACCGAAGGCUGUGAAGAUGCGGUUGCCUACGAUUCAGAAGAUUUCGUUCAUCUGGACUGCUCCUUGUCUGGGGGCUAUCGGCGACCCAGCAUGGCGGCUUCGGGACCACGAUCACUGGGCUUAGGCGGACCAAUUGAUGAUCAUGUGAAUCACAGGCUCUCGGAGAGAGAAAGACACUUAAUGCACGCGGAAGAGCGCCAAUUGUUGCUCGACAACCAUUGCAUUGGGCCGAGGGAAGACCGGAGUGGAGGCGAGGGCAACGCGAUCCAGCAAGCUGGCGAGAGAUUUUUACAGUCAUUCCCUAAGCUCUCUGGUAUAAAGGUCGUCGAGGAGCCUACAACGCCUAAAAAUCUACCCUCCGCCAAUGAGCAAUCCCCUCUCCUAGGGCGUCAAGAAGAGAAUCUUGAGUCCAACGAUUCCGAGAGCAUUGACAAGAGAUGGGAGGAGGCAGUAGCAGAGGGAAAGAUUACAACAACGUGGCAGCGAGAGACACAGGUGCUGUGGCAGUACUCUCGGUCUCUCAUCCUCACGUUCAUGCUACAAUACUCCUUGCCGAUGACAUCCAUCUUCACGCUCGGUCGAAAGGGGAAGAUCGAGCUGGGAGCAGUCAGUCUCGGCACCAUGACCGCUAACAUCACGGGCUACUGCGUAUUCCAGGGCUUGGCCACGAGCCUUGACACCCUGUGUCCGCAAGCCUACGGUGCGGGCAAGAAGAAGCUCGUGGGAUUACACACGCAGAGGAUGUUCUUCUUUCUGCUCUGCGUCACGAUUCCGAUAGGCGCUAUCUGGUUGAGCGCAACGCAUAUCCUCAAACUCAUUGUACCGGAAAGGGAGACGGCGGAGUUGGCCGGUCUAUACCUCAAGGUCGUCCUCUUCGGCACACCGGCAUAUGCGGCGUUCGAGAGCGGUAAACGGUUCGUCCAAGCCCAGGCGCUAUUCAGUGCCACGCUAUGGGUAUUGCUCAUUUGCGCGCCGCUGAAUGUGUUGCUGAACUGGCUGCUCGUGUGGAAAUUGGAUUGGGGCUUCAUUGGGGCACCAAUCGCUGUGGUGUUCAUCCAGUAUUGCCUGGCCCUGUGUCUAUUCCUUUACGUUCGAUUUGUGAACGGCAUGGAAUGUUGGGGAGGGUUCGAUCGGCGGGCGUUUGCAAACUGGUGGCCGAUGGUCAAGCUUGCCAUCCCUGGAUUGAUCAUGCUGGUGGCCGAGAUGCUUGCGUUCGAGAUCUUAACGUUGGCAGCAAGUUGGUUUGGAAGUACGGAGCUGGCGUCACAGUCUGUCUUGAGUACGAUGGCGGCCUUCGCAUUCCAGCUACCCUUUCCACUGAGUAUCUCAGCCUCUACAAGAGUGGCAAAUCUGAUUGGAGCGACGUUGGUCGAUGCCGCUAAAACGGCCGCGAAAGUCUCUCUUGUCGCCGCUGCUGUUGUUGGCUGCUUCAACAUGGUCAUGCUUUCAUUGCUUCGGGAAUAUAUACCGAAGCUCUUCACAAACGACCCCGAUGUCACCUCCUUGGUCUCCCACGUUCUCCCCGUGUGCGCAGCCUUCCAACUUUUCGACGCCGUAGCAACGAUGUGCAGUGGUUUGCUAAGGGGACUCGGAAGACAAGAUGUUGGCGGGUAUGUGAAUCUGGUUGCGUACUAUGUGAUCGCCAUCCCUAUCUCAUUUGGACUUGGAUUCGGGUUUAGUUUAGGCUUGCCCGGGCUAUGGAUUGGCCCGGCCAUAGCGCUCGCCGUAGUUGCAAUCGUUGAGGGGAUCUUCCUCUAUUGCAGUAAUUGGCAAAGAUCGGUAGAUGAUGCAAAAAGAAGGAAUGCAAGCCAUUGA